AUGGCUGAUCAGAAAGCAAGCGAAAGUGGCCAAGGCAGAAGCAAUUCCAGUAGUCCAGAGCAACCUCGCAGCCCAGAUUUAAAGUCUUUAAACAGUGAUCAUGAAUACAUUAUGCUUGCUACGCCUGAUGUUGAAUCUGAUUCAGGUUCAGGCGUGUCAGUUUGUAAAUCUCAGGGGAGUAGUGUGAGUAGCUUUGCAGAUGUGAUAAUCCCUGACAUGGAGGCUACCUUGGAGAAGGGACCAACAGAGGAAGAGCUGCAACAUUUGGUGGAGGAUGCAAAAAAGGACUUUUCUCAUAGCUCUGCAUCAGUUCCAGAGGUAUUCUUUAGUCCAGGUUCAGAGAGCAAUUCUCAGAACACUCCUCUCAGUAAUGACAAUUCAUUAGCAGUAAAUGGCAGUAUUGAACUGAUACCUGAUGAAAAAAAUUGUCAUGUUUUGAAUCCGUGCAUUGCUGAAGGUGAUUCACAAACAGUAGAUGGAAGAAUCCAUGGUGAUAACACCAACACUACUCAAGCAUCAAAUGGUACAAAGCUUGAUGCUGGAGAGUCAGCGCAACCCAGAGCAAGUACUGAUCCUGGACAAUCAGAUGAAGAGAGUGAUGAUGAUGCUGUUGUAUAUGAUGGGAUAACUUACUUGGGAUCCUCCACUGUGAAUGCUCCAGUGAGUGAAAUUGAAUUGAAAAGGACAAUGGCUAUCUUGCGAGAACAAACAGAGGUCACCAUUGAUGUUUUGUUGUAUGUUGGUUCCACAUCAGACAAGAUGAUAAGACUCAAAGACCCAGAGACACAGGCUGACAUUGCUACUUAUAAAAUACAGAGGAUCCUGUUUUGUGGCCGUGGUGAUGUUGAGGGAAGUGAAAGUGACUGCUUUGCCUUCAAUACUGUCCAUGGUGAUUCUGAGAUUUUCCAUUGCCAUGUAUUCAGAUGCAAAGAUCCAGAGAAGGCUGGAAAGAUCUUGAGAACAUUUGCUCUCUCCUUUAGAAGGCAUAGGAAGAGAAAGCAACAGUCACAACAGUCAUCCUUGGAUCCCCCAACAACAGUCACUGGUGUCAGCAACCUUGUGUUCAAAUUUGACCUGACUCUUGACAUUCUUGAGGAAGACAAUAAGGGAUUUUCUUCAGCAGCAAGGGACAAAAACUGCUUCAAAUUACGACAAGACUUGAGAAAGAAAGUGUUCAUUACAGUGCAGCAGUUGACUAACAGACAUCUUAUUGUAGAGAGGUGCUUUGGCCUUCUUAUCUGUCCAGGAAAGAAUGUUCGAUAUUCUGACAUGCACCUAUUAAAUGAGGUGAAAAUGGAGGUUGGAGAGGGUGGCAAAACAUAUUUCAUCGCUGGUUUUUGGGAUCCAGCUGUACGUGACUUGUUAGUGUUAAACACAGAGACCCCUAAAGACUCUCGACUAUUUGUGACAAUAGCUGUUGACUUAGUUGUCACUGGAGUAACAGAACCAGUCCGCUUCAUUUUGGAGACAAAGGCCAAAAUUUUUCCCACUGGAGAAAAAUUCUUCUGGAGCCCGAGUAAACCAAAAUUCCAUGAAGUUUAUGUUAUGGAACUGAAGGAGGUUUUUGAUACUGACACUGGAGAAAAAGGAUGUGAAGUGAAAAGUAUCAAAACUGAACUUAGUUACGAAACUUCCAAAACUUUGACCAAAAGGCAGCCUCCUCUGAAUAGACAAUCAUCUGGAGGGAACAAGACAUCUGAUGAUGAUGAUGAAGAUGACGAGCCACUGCUGUCAGGAUCAGGUGCUGUUCAAAAGGAUUGCACUGAGGAAGAGCUAGGCAGCUGGUCAGAUCUUUUAAACAAAUGGAAGGACAUCACUAUUAAACCAAAACAACUGCAAGGACUUGUGAGGAAGGGCAUACCAGAUCCUCUCCGUGGACAAGUUUGGCAGAUGAUGGCCGGUGUGAAGGAAAAUGAUGAACUCAUAGAGGGUUAUAAACAUUUCAUCAAGAAGGAAUCUCCAACAGAACAGGUGAUCAAGUGGGACAUUCACCGUACCUUCCCUGCCCAUGAGUAUUUUAAAAGCACUGGAGGAGAGGGUCAGGAAACAUUGUAUAAAAUCAGUAAAGCUUACUCUGUUUACGAUGAGGAAGUAGGCUACUGUCAAGGGCUGUCAUUCCUGUCAGCAGUGCUUCUGUUACAUCUUCCUGAGGAGCAAGCAUUUGCACUGUUGGUGAAGAUAAUGAGUGACUAUGGGCUGAGAGAUAUUUUCAAACAAGAUUUUGAACAGCUGCAUCUGAAGUUUUUCCAGCUGGACAGAAUGAUUGAGGACUCGAUGCCAGACCUCCACAGCCAUUUUCAGUACAAUAGUAUAGAGACUCACAUGUACGCCUCUCAGUGGUUCCUGACUUUGUUUACAGCCAGGUUUCCAUUAUCAAUGGUGUACUGUAUUAUGGAUCUCUUUCUAUGUCAUGGAAUGAGAGUUAUUUUUCAAGUUGCUUUAGGCCUUCUCAAGGCUUCUCGUAGGGAGCUCAUCCAAAUGGAUUUUGAGGCCAUACUAAAGUACUUCAGAGUGUCUAUGCCUAAAAAAUACCUUGACGAAGAUGAGUACAAGAAGCUCAUAACCUCUGCUCUGAGCUUUCGGGUGACAGAGAAAAAGAUGAAGAAAUACGAAAAGGAGUACUUGCUGCAAAAAGAACAAGAGGCACAGCUUGAAGAUCCGGUCGAGAGGCUAACGCGUGAAAACAAGAGGUUUUUUGAAGAUAACAUGAGACUUGAACGAGAAAACGAUAGCCUUGCCCACGAGUUGGUCAGUAAUAAAGUAGAACUUCACGGCAAGCUGGCAGAGGCAGAAGAAAAAGUGGAAGAGUUGUCCAAGGCGUUGAGCAACACAACCAUAUCACUGGCUGAAUCAGAGGAUCAACGGGAAAAACUGAAAGUCGAGGGCUCUCAGGUCAAGGAAAUGUAUCGGCAGACUAUUGAACAGGCUGAAGAGGACAAGAAGCGACAUACUACUGUUGUUGAACAAUACAAAAAGAUUUGCAAAGAAAAGGAGGAAAGAAGCGAGGAGCUGAAGGAAGAUCUGCGGCUGGAACUCUUGGAGGUCAAGAGACGAAUAGGAUCAUGUGAAAACUGCGCCGCUGUCUUCUCUGAGGAAGGUCAUGUUACAUUGGAGGGUGGAGGCGGAAUCGCCGCAUUCAAGACAAGUGUGAAGCUGGUAGACUCCGAGCAGCGCCUGAGGGAACUGGAACUGGAGCUUGCGCAGACCAAGCUUUCUCUAGUGGAGGCGGAAUGUCGUUCUCAGGAGUUAGAACAUAGGCUGGCGGCCAUUGAGGCGGCGACUGGUGAAAGCAAACCUUGGUUCAAACGAAUAAGUUUGGUAAAGGAUGCCGGGAAGUGAUUGAUGGUCGUGUGAUGAUGAAUUAAGCUCGUUUUCUGUUAAGAAGAUAACAGCUUUUUUUACUGUAUAACUGAAUUUUUGGGUACAUCAAGAGCUUUUGUUAAUUUCGAAUGAUGUACUUCAACAGAGCAUAAGAAGUAGUAUUGAAGAGGUAGAACUUUUCGGUUUUUUUUUUUGUUUUUUGUUACGAGAGUCUCUACCGUCUCCGUGAAAGAAAUAGCUCUCCUGUUAUUUCGUAACUUAUCAGUUCCUCCGCCAGUGGAGGAAUCUUAGACAUUAGACACUAAGACAUUUGGUUUCAAAAUAUUUUGCAACUCGUUCCCAAGACCCACUUCAUCUCGCGGACCUCUAGGUUCCGGAAAGACCAUGAAAACGAGGUUUGCAUAGAAAGCUUUGUCGUUUGUUUUCUUCCUGGAAGGUCUAUUCUUAAAAUUAACUCAAGGACAGUAGUUGUAGUAUUUUCUUCCCUUUUGGUUGCCCAACAGCUAAAAAUUUAGUUGAUUUGUGUUAAUGUACCAGCUGAAAAUGAAAACAUUUGCCCUCAACAAAGUUCUCUAUGGAGUUAAGUUUACAAGAAAUGGUUAUAAGAUGUUACUAAAAUAAUACUUUCCUCCCUCGAAACCGGCUUUUGAAAUGAAGAAGCGAACAGUAUUUUUUGUUGUUGUACUGUUUAUGGAAAAGAAAUUACAUUUUAUUUUUUCUUUCUGUUAGAUGAAUACGAUUAUCUGAAUGUUGUUGCGAAAAUUAUGUACAUAAACGAUAUUAGCGACAUCAGUUUAGUAUUUUAAAGCUUUUUUCAGUUCUUUCUUCAGUUAUUUCUGUGUAAGUUUUUUGCUUAGUAACUUAACUCGGAAAAUAAUGUAUCACUUGACAUCAAUAACUUACUAAAUAGUCGCGAUAUCAUAUAAGAAAUGUUGAUGAAAUACAAGGGGUUAGAUGAUAUUGAUGGAAUAAACAGACGCUUCUGUUCAGAGAUA